UAAUAAAAAAAGAAGAGCCAAACAACAAAGCAAUUUCCAGAAUAAGAAUCUAUCUCUACUCUACAUCCAUUUUUCUAGUGGUGCUUGUAAUCUUUUUGGUCAAGUUGGAACAUAUAAAAAAAAAAUAAAAAAAAUCUCUCUUCUUUUUUUUCCUUUUAAUUUUUCAAUAUUUAUCCUGAAAAUCGCGAUGGCAGAAGAAUUUCAGCUAGGGAGAGGAAAUUGGUGGGAAUCAUCAACCUCGACUUCAUCAACAACAACAUCAUCAUCGCGGAAUAAGUUUAUUGAUAGCGGAAUUUCAUCAUCUACGCCUUCAGCAUCGAGUACUACUGCUCUAAGCAGCAUGGCGAGCAACUUUGUUAAUUGGCCGACAGAAAUUCAUGAGGACAUUAAAGUAAGAUCCGAUAAUAGUUCUAUGGUUUUUUCGGGCGCUGAUUCCCAUAAGCGUUACAUCUCCGAAUCUUCUGUUGGCGGUGGAGGUGGAGGUGGAGGUGGAGGCGCGGGGCAAAGUGUUUUAUCUGUUGAUGAUCCUAAUUUACAAAUGAUGGGCUUAGGCUUGUCUUCUCAAGGAUUUGAUUGGAACCAACCUUUCUUUCGGGGUGAAAAAUCCGGGAGUGGUUUUCGUUCGUUAAUUCAAGAAGGGUUGAGUUCAAAUGCAAAUUAUCAACAAGAAGGAACGUGUCAUGAACAAGAUCAUAAUAAUUGGAGUACACAAAAAAUAUAUCAUGGGAAUUCUGAUGAUUCUUCAGUGAAUGAUUAUAAUAAGCAAUUAUUUAGUGGUCAUAAUAAUCUUGAAAAUUCAGCAGUACCUUAUGGAAGUCCAUCAAAUAUGUUACAAGGGUUAUUAAUUUCUGACCUUAAUAGUCAGCAACAAGAAUCCAAUAAUUUUACAAGUGCUAGUAGAACUUUAUAUUAUAAUCCUCCCUAUAAUAAUCCAACAGAUUGUGAUGUCAAUAUUCCUACUUCUUCUCCAUCUUCUUCUUGGUCUAAAUUUCCUCAAUUUCUCCGAACAUCGAAUACUCCAAAAGUACAGCAGUGGCAGCUAUCACAACCACCACCGCUGUCUGACAGCCAGCUGUCGCAUUUCUCUGGUGGCACGCCUUUUUGGAAUGCCACGUCAGCAGCUGCCGCGGACGAGAGACGAUCAGGUUUCGUCCCGUCUUUGCAUCCACAGCUACCCACCAACCCAAGAGUUGAUGAGAAACCAAAGCAUACAGGUGAAGUUAGGAAUAUAAGCACAAUAACAAAGAAAAAUAGCAGUGAAACGUCAAACAAGAGACCAAGGAAUGAAGCACCAUCUCCAUUGCCAGCUUUUAAGGUGAGGAAAGAGAAAAUGGGAGACAGAAUCACUGCACUUCAACAAUUAGUCUCACCUUUUGGAAAGACUGAUACAGCUUCUGUGCUCUCGGAAGCAAUCGAGUACAUAAAGUUCCUCCAUGACCAAGUUAAUCAGGUAUUAAGCACCCCAUACAUGAAAAGUGGAGCUUCCAUGCAACAUCAACAGAGUGGUGAUAAAUCCAAUGUAAAUCCAGAAGGAGGAAAACAAGAUCUUAGAAGUCGAGGAUUAUGUUUGGUCCCAGUUUCUAGCACCUUUCCUGUAACUCAUGAAACGACAGUUGAUUUUUGGACUCCUACCUUUGGAGGAACAUUCAGAUAAAUCAGGAGGCCUACAUGAAUGUGCCCUGCAUUGUGCGAUCUGAAUUUAGUCAGAACUUCAACCGAGUGGGAAAAAUAAAAAGGCCAUAUUGACAACAAGCCAACAACACAUAUGCUACAUGAAUUCUUCCACUAUAGCUAGUCGCCUUGCCCUAGAUGGAUUUAAGUUAUAUACACCAUCAGUACAAUAUAUUUUUUUAAUACCAUCAAGUCAUUUUUACAUGUUAUAUCAGGUAAUUGUCUUGUUUCUUUUUGAAGAUUAUAAAUUUCACAUUGUAAAAAGUUUACCUAUAGAUAUUCUUUAAAUGACCUGAUAGUGUAAACGAUUUUUUAUAUAUACUGAUGAUGUAUGUAACUUAAAACUUUCUUUUAUAUAUCGACCCCUAGAAAAGUGGGGGAUGAAGUGAAAAAAAGAGGACAAAAAAGACUACUCUUUUUGGAGGGGCCAUAUAACUAAUUACAGUACUAGCUAGUAUUAUUCCAGGUCCAUAGCAGGCUGAUGAUGAUGGAAAAAGAAAGAAAAAGAAUGAUAAAAGAGAAGUAAAAAGAAAUGAGACUUUAAAGGAUGGACCAGCUCAAGCAAAAUGAUGCAACUUUGGCCAAUAUUUUUGGACCAUUGUACGUGAGUAUUUAGGGGUAUAAAAAAAGAUUAUUAUUAUUUUUUGCCUCAUAAUGCUAGUUAGUUUACAAAAAGGAAUUUUGUUUGUAGCUGAAUUUAGUUGAAAUGCGGGAUAAAAGGAGCUUUUAGCAUCACUAGCUGUUUGUAUCUAUUAUUUGUGCAUAUAGCUGGCACUAGUUUACUUUAAUUUAAAACAAAAGAAAUGAAGGAAUAAUUGAAGUUCCAGUAUGAAAGAUAGAUUAUUUGAUUGGAAAUAUAACUUUUCAUUUGUUUA